AUGCGUACUCACGCGGUAUCUUUGGGGACUGAUUUCGAUUCCGUCUUCCCCAACGGCGCCUGUAACAUGCAUGCCUUACUGCUGAACCUUCACCGGGCUAGAGUCGCCAUUCUCUUCGGUCACAGUGCUGACUAUGAAUCAUGGUGGGGAGAUAAAUUAAGUUUUGUUCUCGCUGAUAUCAAUUUCUUGUGCACUGCAACUAGUAUGAUUCACAUGCUCGAGAAGGAUCGGGUGUCGAGUUUGUGGAUAAGAGGAGAAACUACAAGCUUUGGGGUGUGUGCAUUCUAUACACUAUGGUUUGGCUCUAGAUUUAUUUUUCGGAAAUAUGGCUUGGAGCGGAUCGUUGGUCUUGCGACAACUAUCUUGAUGGCAUUGAUGUGGAUGGGCGAGAGCACAGCUUCAAAAAGAAUGACGACCGCCCGGCCCAUCAUGAAAGAAAGCCCCAUCAAACUUUAUGCUACACUAUGGGUUACUUUUCUUGCAGGAAAAGUCACUCAGACACUGCGCUCAGCAGGCGAUGCAAACCCCGCGCUUGUUGCCUUCAGGCAUAAAAUGGUCGUGAACUUGGCUCGCAGUGGCGUAUGGGACACUAGCUCUAGUGUUGUCACCAUCGUUUUGGGAGCUAGCACAUUUGGGGUGGCGCCCAUAGGCUUAAUUUUCACGGUGGUUUCUGUUGAACCAGCUGCUGCCGCAAAGGCUCGAAAAGAAGCUAAGUCAAGGAUAGUGCAAAAGGCUCUUCCUUCGUCAAUGAGUUUACGACGACACCCAAAUAGAGACGAUAACGUCGAGGAGGGCUCCCAACCGGAAUCCUCAGUAUCAGAGAUGAAUGAACGAGAGAUGCUAGAACUGAAUUUAAGUGUGGAUGACCCACUGCCACGCAUCUGUCGCAAUCCAGUCGUUAUUGAGCAAGAUCUGACACGGCGCGCACGUCGACAUGUGCUCUCGGAAAUUGAGCACCCCGCGGAGCACCCAAAAAAGUACGGGCUCUGGCAGCGGCGUAAAAGUUGGCGGACGUUCCCCAUGCGCCAGCCAACCCGCUUUCGAAACUCUCUCUCUCUCCCCGGCCGCCGUGUGCGCACAUAUCACCUGCAGGCAGGCACGGAUUACCUAACCCAUCAAAAUUUAAUAAUGUCGACCCCCGGGGUCGGGUUUGCCGGCAGAGUAGCCUGUCUAUACAUUUUGUUUAACGCUUCUCCAGGAUUGGCAAAUAAAGGAGUGCGUAUCGUACAAGCGGAAACGGAAAAUGUCUUGAUCACACCCAAACAGAUACUGCGAUGGGCUGUCGAUUUCAAAGUACCGACUGUGGACAUGGGCGUCGACCCACAGCUCAAAAUUCACGCAAAUCUCGGUCGAGUCGGUCAUUUUCAGGAAGGCAACACGCUUUCUACAAUUAAGACAAUAGACGAGAAGAUGAUGACGAACAAGUCUUUGUAUGGAUCCUUCGGAUACGGAACGAACAAUAUGGAUCCGGAACAUCUAGAUGCCUUCUUGAGGCUGAAGGACUUGUACGCCCCUGGGUUAUUCACGGAGGGAGGUUACCCCGGACAUAUUAUCUUUGGUUCUGCAAAUGACACUAUAGUGUCGUCUAGUUGGCACAAUGCGAUAGAUGCCAACCUUUUAUUUCAACUGUGUGGAGACAAACUAUGGCAUACGACCGAAGAAGUACCAUCUGAUGUUACCCCGUUUCUCGUCUUCCCGAGUGCGUCCGGUUGGUUCCAUAAAAAUCAGCUUAUUAAGGGUGGCCGACCUUGGCCGAUGGAGAUCGAUGCUUCGGAUCAUGUAUCUCAAGUUGUGCUACACGCCGGGGAUUUGCUUAUCAAUCCCCCGUAUUCGUGGCACGCAGUCAAAAUCCAAGGCCCCAGUGUAUCGCUGUCAGUUCGCGGUGAUAAAGCGGAUGUCAUGACUUGGAUGUCAUACAAGUAUUUUGCCGGGAACGUCAACCACCCGAUUUUAAUGGCAUUCGCCGUCUACCUAGAUGAUUUUUAUAAUUACAAGAAAUUAUCAGAAUCGACGGUGGCGAGAUUUUUCAAGAUGAUUUUUCCGAAUUUAGUCAAAACUGCGUACGCGCUAUUUCAAGCCAAAAGCAUCCGCAUACAUAACGCGUUAAGGGACAAGUUUCAACAGUAUCAGGACAGCGGCCAGGAGAGUUGUAGUGCGGUCAAUCAAGAUAUGUAUGAGGUGCUGAACACGGACUGCUCUGAUUAUUGGACGCAUCGUCUCGAAGUCUCGCUCGUUGGUCGCAUCUCGCGUAUCCAACAUGCUCUGGACCUGUGCCAUAGUGACAGGAGCACUCAACUCCUUGUCAUUCACCCGAAAAUCACCCACGACUUGGUCAGGUGCCCGCUCCUCGUCACAAAUCGACAAUUCGACGCCCGUCUCCACAGCCCGCCCUCCUUCGGCGCAAAUGAAGCACCCGCCAGGGCUGCCCUACCCUCCUCGGCACAAUAUUUUAAAAAAAAGCUCAAGCUAAUUGUAAUAGAGUUCAUUGCUUAUACUAUACCGGAAUCGGAGAUAUCACUGGAACAACAAAUAACAAUCUCGUCUGCCUUCGCCCGUGCCGAGCACUUCUCGUUCGACCUACUCGAGCCAGACGACGCCGACGUGGAGUUGACGUUCGAGCAGCGCUACGAGCAAGAGUACCUCCACGCGGAGCACGACGGCGCCAGCGCGAAGUCGGCGGCGAGCUGCGCAGACGAGGCCGACUUCCACGUGCGUGAGUUCCUCCGCUUCCUGGCGCUCAAGUCCGUGCGCCCCGACGUGACCCCCUCGGUUGUUGUGGACAACGUCUUCCACCUCGCCCUCACGUACACCGUCGCGUACGCCCACCUCUGCGCGCUGGUCGGCGGCACCUUCAUCCACCACGACCCCACCCCCGGCGGCGACGCCGCAAACGCGCGCUACAUGCGGCAGUACGAGGACGCGCUCGAGCUCUACGCCCUCGCGUUCGGCGCCCCACCUCCGAGGAGCGUGUGGCCACCCGUCGCGGAGAGGAUGGACCCGCAACGAGACUAUGUCUCGUUGCCAAGGUCGCGGGUCCAGGAGCUCCGCGCCGCGGCGAUGAAGAGCAACAUUAUAGGGGGGGUAUGGUAA